AUGACUGGAUCAAUAACUCGUGCAUUGAGCUGGGACAAUGUGUAUGAGCAACAAUUUAUAGCUGUGACACCAAUGGGUGAUGAAGUUCUUUUAUAUCAAACCAACCAUGAAGAUCCCGGCGUGGAGUCCAAUUCAAUGUCAAAACUUUACAGUCGUUCUGGAUUUGAGAACAUUCAGUGCUCAUCUUACUCAGAUAUUAAUAAGGGUAUUGUUGGUGUUGGCUCAAUAAAUGGGAACAUUUCUAUAUUUGAUAUCUAUUCUCCAAAUUCAACAAUUUUAAACUUGCGUCCAAAACAGAAUCGUCCAUGUAAUUCCAUUUCCUUCAGCAAUAACAACCUAGUAGCUGUGGGGUUUGAUAAAGGUCGUCAGGAUACGUCAUUACAAAUUUGGAAUAUUGAUGGUUAUUCAUCAUCCGGAAAUAAUAAUCAUUUGAAAAGACCAGUCACGUCACUUCUACCGAAUGAAGCUAUUUUAUCUACUGUUUUCUAUCCAGACCAAAACUCCAAUAUCAUUUGUGGGUCGUAUAAAUUUUUAAGAGAAUUUGAUUUAAGAACCGACCAACCAAUUUAUCAAAUGGCUACAAAAUGUACAUCGGGUUUGAAAAUUGAUUAUUUUCAAAGCCAUUUGUUUCAAUCAUUUAGUGAAGAUGGAUCUUUGGCAAUUUGGGAUAGAAGAAAGUUAACGUCGAACAAAUACAAGCAACUGGGUUCAACAAAUGUGAUUACAGAGACACCAAUUUUACAAUUUAAUAGAUUGUUAAGCGAUGCCUCGUCAAGAAAAGUAAGUAAUCCAUGUGUUAGAUACUCGACUGUCAGAAAAGGUGAAUUUGCAUCCGUCUUCAACGGGGACUUGAUUAGAAGAUGGCAAACUGAUAUUGUUCCUAGUGAUGAUAGUAUCGUGGAACCUUUCAAAAGCAAAGAUGUUUCUACACUUCAAAGCUUAAAGCAACAGGCAUCUCAGCUAUACAAGCCAAGAGAAGAGUCAUUGUUUGUAUCGUUGGUUCUCGAUACCAAAACAGACUAUGAGAAAGUUGUUUCAUUUGACUAUUCUCCUGAUAUAACUUCCCACACUUCUACAAAUUUUGUAUGCAUGAGACAAUCAGGUACUGUUUUCAGAAUGCCAGUUGUGGAAUGUAUUGAAGCUUUGGAUUUCAAUCCAAUCAACGAGUUCUCAAUAGCUGGUCCUGAAGGUACAGCCACCAAUUUCCUUGAUAAACAGUUUGUGGAAGCAACACAGCCACUUGAUCAAAUAAAUGUAGCACAUCAAAGACAUCGAUCAUCGUUAGUAAGGCUCGGAGAUUUGACUUUGAACGACGAUCUUAACAAACUCGAUAAUGCUACUGUUACUUCUUCGACUGUUGAUGACGAUAGUUUGGCACCAUCAAAUAUGGUAGAUGAAGGUAAGAGAUAUUCCUUUGAUAACAAUUUUGAUGAGGAUAUUCCGUUGAAUAGAUUUCUAGAUUCGUCUGAUAUAAUCGGGAACGAUAUCUGUGUGACUAUUAGAAAACGUGCGCAGAUGGGGUAUGGUGUGGAUUGUGACAAGAAUGUGUUGAUCUUGGAAACUUUAGACGCUGGUGAUAAUAAAUUAUUUUUGAAAAACACUUGGAAAUGGCUAUCUUUGGCCAAGAAAUCAUUGGAUAAAGGGUCGAUGGUUUCAGAAGGAAUAGAUUUGGGCUAUCUAGGUGUAUUGGGUAUUUGGAAAGGUGUUGAAGAACUUAAUGACCAAAAGAGAACACACGAUGGAGAACCUAUUUCUGAAGCUUGGAUGUCACAAGCGGUUAAGAAUAUAAUUUCAUUAAAGGGUAAGAAAACUGCAGGUAUAAGUAUACCAAACGAUAGUGAAAAGAAGGCACAAAGAAAACUUUGUUUAGUGGUUUGUGGUUGGUAUUUCACUGAUGCUGAAUUUGAAGAGAAAUUGAAAACGCUAAUUAGUCUUGGUUACUACGAGAAGGCAGCAGGAUGGGCAGUUUUCCAUGGUGAUGUUCCAAAAGCGAUUGAAAUUUUGUCAAAAGCCAAAUCUGAGAGAUUAAGGUUAAUUGCAACUGCAGUUGCAGGUUAUUUGGCGUAUAAGCAUUCUCACGUUAAUAGUCCAUGGAAGGAUCAAUGCAGAAAAAUGGCGCUGGAACUUGAUGAUCCGUAUUUGAGAGCAAUAUUUGCAUUCAUAGCUGACGAUGACUGGUGGGAUGUGUUGGACGAGUCGGCAUUGUCAUUGAGAGAAAGAUUAGGGGUUGCGUUGUGUUUCCUUUCUGAUAAGGAUUUAGGAGUGUAUUUGAAUAGAAUUGCCGAUGCAGUUGUUACCAAAGGAGAGUUGGAAGGGUUGACAUUAACAGGAAUAACACCAAGAGGAAUUGAUUUGUUACAGAGCUAUGUUGAUAGAACUACAGAUGUUCAGACUGCAUCAUUAAUUGCUUUGUUUGCUUGUCCUAGAUAUUUCAAUGAUCCAAGAACAACCCACUGGAUUGAUUGCUAUAGAUCUUUGCUAAAUAGCUGGGGGUUAUUUGGUGUGAGAGCAAAAUUUGAUGUUGCCAGAACAAAAUUAUCGAAAACUUUUGAAGGCCAAACAACUGUGAAGGCUGCACCUAAACAAGUUUAUCUACAAUGUAAUCGAUGCAACAAGAAUAUUUCAAAAAUCAAAUCAAGCACUACCAAUAACCAAGCGUUGUUGAAACAGCAGUUCAACAAAUUAAACAAUCAUAAUACCAAUGUUAAAUUGACAGAUAUUAUCAAUGCAUGUCCCCAUUGUGGUGCUCCUUUGCCAAGGUGCUCAAUUUGUUUAUUGUCCUUAGGAACUGAUUUGUCGUUAGAAUCAGAUGAUAACUUAGAUGGCGGUACAGAAACUAAUAUUGCUGCAAGACUUGAAAAGAGGUUCAAAGACUGGUUUAGUUUCUGUCUUACUUGUAAUCAUGGAUGUCAUGCGCAUCAUGCUGAAGAAUGGUUUUCAAAGCAUUAUAUUUGUCCUGUGCCAGAUUGCAAUUGUCGUUGCAAUAGUAAAUAG